AACGGAGUCAAUUCCACAUUGUUAAUCGAGAAAAUCAUUAGGGAACGAGUAUUUGAUUCAUUAUAUUGGAAACAGUAUUGUUUUAAUGUGAAUGCAGCCAGUUUAAUGGAUAGAGCCAUUGAGAUUGGAUGUGUAGGGAACCAAGAAACUGGGGGGAGACCAUUCCCCUUCAUGUGCUUAUUAGUGAAAUUGAUUCAAUUGAUGCCUGAUCGAUCAAUUGUGGAAUUUUAUGUUGAACAAGAGAGAUUUAAAUAUUUGAAAAUGCUUGGAUUGGUUUAUAUAAGGCUGGUUUAUAAAGAUAGAAAGAGAUUACAAAAAGAGUUGAAUGAUUAUAGGAAAGUUAGAGUGUUUGAGAAUGGUGGGUUCAAGUUGAGCCAUGUUGAUGAGAUAGUUGAUAGAUUGAUUAAUGAUGAUAUGUUUAUUGGAUUGAAUUUGCCU